CUCCCUUUCCACUCACUCCCCCAUUGGUCGCCUCAGUCCCGGAAGGCCCUCGCGUCAUUUCCGCGGAGGCCGCCAUCUUGUCGGCGGUUGGUGGAGUUCGACGCGGCUCAAGCUGGGACGCCUCCGCCCGCCUCGUUGCCGGCCUGUUUGCCCGCUUCUUCGGUCGAAGCCAAGUGACCCGUACCGCCGCGGGUCCCCGGUGCCGCCAUGGCCAACAACUGUCCUGUUUUGGGCGCCGGGAAUUGCCAUCCGCCACCGCAGCAUCAGGGGGCCCAGCCGCAGCAUCCGCAGGCCGGAGCCGUCUUGUCGCCCCCGUUGCCGCUCCAGAGUGCGGGCCCGAAGCCGGCAGCCUCGGGCAAGCAGGGCAACGUCCUGCCCCUGUGGGGGAACGAGAAGACCAUGAACCUGAACCCCAUGAUCCUCACCAACAUCCUCUCCUCGCCUUACUUCAAGGUGCAGCUCUAUGAGCUGAAGACCUACCACGAGGUGGUCGACGAGAUCUUCUUCAAGGUCACACAUGUUGAGCCUUGGGAGAAAGGAAGCAGAAAAACAGCAGGCCAGACAGGGAUGUGCGGAGGGGUGCGUGGUGUUGGAACUGGUGGCAUAGUGUCCACAGCCUUUUGCCUGCUGUACAAAUUAUUUACCUUGAAGCUUACCCGUAAACAAGUGAUGGGACUAAUAACCCAUAUAGACUCUCCAUAUAUCAGGGCCCUUGGAUUCAUGUAUAUUAGGUACACACAGCCUCCAACAGAUUUAUGGGACUGGUUUGAAUCCUUUCUUGAUGAUGAGGAGGACCUUGAUGUGAAAGCAGGUGGUGGCUGUGUCAUGACCAUUGGAGAGAUGCUACGCUCUUUCCUUACUAAGCUUGAAUGGUUUUCUACGUUAUUUCCGAGGAUUCCAGUACCAGUCCAGAAAAACAUUGAUCAGCAAAUUAAAGCCAGACCUAGAAAAAUCAAGAAAGAUGGCAAAGAGGGAAUAGAAGAAGUGGAAAGACAUACAGAACGUAGACGUUCAAGGUCUCCAAGAAGGUCCUUGACUCCCAGGAGGUCACCAAGAAGAUCAAGGAGUAGAAGUCGUCAUCGGGAAGGUCGUGGGUCAUCCAGCUUUGAUAGAGAACUGGAGAGAGAGAGAGAACGACAAAGAUUAGAACGUGAAGCAAAGGAGAGAGAGAGGGAGAGGCGAAGAUCCCGAAGUUCUGAUCGGGCAUUGGAACGGAGGCGAAGUAGAAGCAGGGAGAGGCACAGAAGUCGAAGCCGUGAUCGAAAAGGAGACAGAAGAGACAGGGAAAGGGAGAGGGAGAAAGAAAAUGAACGUAGUAGGAGGAAAGAGCGGGACUAUGACAAAGAAAGAGGAAAUGAAAGGGAAAGAGAGCGCUCUAGAGAGAGAGAUCGUUCUAGAGAAAAAUCAAAAGACAGAAAAAGUAAGAGCGAAACUGAAGAGAAAAGGCACAAGGAUGAAAAAGACGAAAGGAAGCAUAGGGAUGAGAAAAGAGAGACCAAGAAAGAGAGGAGACACAGCAGGAGUCGGAGUAGGGAUCGAAAGCGUAGGAGUAGAAGUGUGAGUAGGAAUGCUGGCAAACACAGUAGAAGCAGAAGCAAAGAGAAGUCAAGUAAACACAAAAGUGAAAGUAAAGAGAAAUCAAAUAAGCGGAGUAGGAGUAGAAGCAGAGGAAGAACUGAUAGUGCUGAGAAGUCCCGAAAACGAGAGCUUAGUCCCAGUAAAGAGAGGUCACGGAAACGUAGUAAAAGCAAAGAACGUUCUCAUAAGCACGACCCCAGUGAUAAGGACCACUCAGACAAACAUGAUCGUCAGAGGAGCCAAAGUACAGAACGAGAGAAUCAAGAAAAACAAUCUAAAAGCAAAGAUGAGACUGUAUGAAUGUUCAGAAAUGGAUCAUAUUGAAUCCUGUAAAUGUUUGAAAUCUUGCUUAUUUUUUUUUCUUAAAGUUGAGGUUGUGCAGUAGUUGAUGAGCACUCUUCUUCAAUCUCCCUCUAGGCUGCAGAUUGUCAUUUCCUCUUUUGAGUAGGGAAGUGCCUUUGUAAUCCCAUUAAAUGCAUUGACUAUUCCAGCCCAUUUGUUUAGUUAAAUUUCAGGAUACAAAUCUGUGCAUUUUUUUUAACUUGUUCAAAAUGUAUCUGAAAUGUACAAUCUGUACAUAUGUCCUGAAACUGUUCUGAUCCCUUUGGCAUGGUUUGCCAUGUUGGUUAAAUUUGUAUACGGCAAUAAAACUGCCACUAAUUCUACUUUGUUUUAUAGAUGUGGAAUUAUGGUUUCUCUUUUUGAAUUAGCAUGGCUGUGCUUUGCAUAAUAGUAUGGCAGAAGCUUUUGAGGAUGGGUCUUAAACGUGUAUUAUAACUAAAAUAUUUAUGUGCAUUCAACAUCCAUGAAGGCUGAAGUUCUAAAACUUUUGUGUCCAUUUGUACUUCUUGUCUUGGGAAAGCAUUCAAAAUGUGUUUUUAUUUGUGAUGUUCAAGAAGGCAUUACUUUUAGGGUAGGCUGUUCAAGGGGGUAGCAAUUUUUAAGGCAGGGAUUUAGGAGUUGCUGAGGCUUAUGUAGUAGUUCAUGCUACCUCAUAGGAACGUUGAUAAGCCUAUACCAUAUCUACAUAGACUUUCUGGGUCACUUUUAUUGUUCAUGUAAAGAUUCCAUACAAUAUCCCUAGGGUUUCUUUGGGGGGGGGGGGGGAAGUGUUGUUAAAAACAAAAUUGGUGCCACCAACCUAUCACUUAUAAAGGAACCCCAUGCUGACAAAGCUAAAGAAGAUUGAAGGAGGGAGCCAGGAAACUGAAAGAAGGUUGCGCAGCAAACUUUAGUUUAUGGCUUCCAAAUAAUUUUUUUUAUAAAAUGAAAGACACAUUUAAAGUAUCUUCAUAGUGUUCUUUUUUAAUGCAUUUUUUUUUUACAAAGACUUGUAAGCAUUGCUUGAGCGGAACAAUUUUCUCUCUAGCAACGGGAAAACUAGGCAAAUUUUUAAAACACUGAUUACUUGUGAGAUAAUGUCAAAAAUGCAGUAUUGAAAGAAAAUCAUAUCACAAAAGCUCAUUUCUGUUUGGUAGACUUGUUCUAGUGACUUGUAUAAGAAAUAUAAAAUCUCUGGAAUAAAGACUGGAUUAAUUUA